AUGCCUGCCUUCAACAGAUUGUUUCCCCUGGUUUCCCUCGUGCUCAUCUUCUGGGUCAGUGUCUGCUUCCCUGUGUGUGUGGAAGUGCCCUCGGAGACGGAGGCCGUUCAGGGCAACCCCAUGAAGCUGCGCUGCAUCUCCUGCAUGAAGAGAGAGGAGGUGGAGGCCACCACGGUGGUGGAGUGGUUCUACAGGCCCGAGGGCGGUAAAGAUUUCCUUAUCUAUGAGUAUCGAAACGGCCAGCAGGAGGUGGAGAGCCCCUUCCAGGGGCGCCUGCAGUGGAAUGGGAGCAAGGACUUGCAGGAUGUGUCCAUCACCGUGCUGAACGUCACCCUGAAUGACUCUGGCCUCUACACCUGCAACGUGUCCCGGGAGUUCGCCUUUGAGGCACAUCGCCCCUUUGUGAAGACUACACGGCUGAUCCCCCUCCGAGUCACCGAAGAGGCUGGAGAGGACUUCACCUCUGUGGUCUCAGAGAUCAUGAUGUACAUCCUCCUGGUCUUCCUCACCUUGUGGCUGCUCGUUGAAAUGAUCUAUUGCUACAGGAAGGUCUCAAAGGCCGAAGAGGCAGCUCAAGAAAACGCGUCUGACUACCUUGCCAUCCCAUCAGAGAACAAAGAGAACUCUGCGGUACCAGUGGAGGAAUAGAAGGGUGUGACUGAGGUGAUGUACAGGGAAGGGCAGGCGAAGGUGGAUAAGGAUGGCAGCUUGUACGAGUGACUUGGUCACCCACACCCAAGUGACUUUAAAUUUGACCCCGUAGAUUUCUACCCUACCCAGAGUUCCCACCCUCGGGGUACUUCUUAAAGUCGAUAUCCAGGUCACAAAGCUCUGUGUGACGUCAAGCCCUUCAGAAAGUGAAUUGCUUUGGCCUGAGCAAUGUGAACUUCUUACCCACAGCGACAAAAAGUAGUUCCCCCACUCCCUCCUUUGUAAGGAUUGUGGAUUUGGUCAGUGUCUUUGGCUGGCCUGGACUGGGCCAGGCUGGAAAUUCUCAGUGAGUUGUUUUAUUGUUGGUAGGUGGGCUGAACACUGAGGGACUGGAUAUUCCAGGUUCAGCGAUGUUAACAGCAUCAGGAGGGUGCCCCAGGGGCCAGAUCACUUCCCUUCAUGCAUCCAUCCUUCUAUUCAUUCAUCAUGCAUCCACUCACCUCUGAACUUUCACCUCUGACUUCUAACUCCAUCAGACCUCUACACACCAUAAGACUUGGCCAGUACUGAGGAGUAAACAUUUCUACACGGACUCAACCUCACCCUGUUCCAGCUUUCAAGCAAGGAGCUCCCAUGCCAACUGGACUUCCCUGUGCUCCAAAUGACUUUGUACAAAUGCUGAAGAUGGCACACCCCUCUGUCCCUAACUGGUUGGAACUGGCUCAUUCUUCUUUGUUGCAAGUGAAUGGAUGUCUUAAUGGAAGGAAGUAAGAAUGAUUAAUUUGGUUAAAGCAGGAGCAUCAUGAAAUGGGAUUCCUUGAAAUCAGUCCCUCCACCCCCACCCCCCACCAAGUUCCUGGCCCACUUGACUAGAGCA